GCACUCGAAGCCCGCGCGUGCUACCGCACCGGCCUGCAGCGCAUCCCUGACCGCCCGUGCCCCGAUGGACUCUGAGACCCCUACCCAGGCGCCGGCCCAGCGCUACUUCACGUGGGACGAGGUGGCGCAGCGCUCCGGAGACAAGAAGGAGCAGUGGCUCGUGAUCGACCGGAAGGUGUACAACAUCAGCGAGUUCUCCCGCUGGCACCCCGGGGGCCGCCGGGUCAUCAAACACUACGCGGGACAGGAUGCAACGGAUCCCUUUGUGGCGUUCCACAUCAACAAAGGCCUUGUGAGGAAGUAUAUGAACUCUCUCCUGAUUGGAGAACUGUCUCCAGAGCAGCCCAGCUUUGAGCCCACUAAAAAUAAAGAGCUGAUUGAUGAGUUCCGAGAGCUACGGUCCACAGUGGAGCGGAUGGGGCUCAUGAAGGCCAACCAUGUCUUCUUCCUGUUGAACCUCUUGCACAUCCUGCUGCUGGAUGUAGCUGCCUGGCUCACUCUUUGGGUCUUUGGGACAUCCCUGGUGCCCUUCCUCCUCUGUGCAGUGCUGCUCAGCGUAGCUCAAAUCCAGGCCGGCUGGCUACAGCAUGACUUUGGGCACCUGUCUGUCUUCAGCACCUCUACCUGGAACCACCUGCUACAUCAUUUCGUGAUUGGCCACCUGAAGGGGGCCCCUUCCAGUUGGUGGAACCACAUGCACUUCCAGCACCACGCCAAGCCCAACUGUUUCGGCAAAGACCCGGACAUCAGCAUGCACCCCUUACUCUUUGCCCUGGGGAAGAUCCUGUCUGUGGAGCUUGGGAAGCAGAAGAAAAAGUACAUGCCAUACAACCACCAGCACAAGUACUUCUUCCUGAUUGGGCCCCCAGCCUUGGUGCCUCUCUACUUCCAGUGGUAUAUGUUAAAUUUUGUUAUCCAUCGGAAGAAGUGGGUGGACUUGGCCUGGAUGAUCACCUUCUACGCCCGCUUCUUCCUGACCUACGGCCCGUUGCUGGGACUGAAAGGCGUUCUGGGCCUUUUCUUCGUGGUCAGGUUACUGGAGAGCCACUGGUUUGUGUGGGUCACACAGAUGAACCACAUCCCCAUGCACAUUGAUCGCGACCGGAACAUGGACUGGGUCUCCAUCCAGCUCCGGGCAACAUGUAAUGUCCACAAGUCUGCCUUCAAUGACUGGUUCACUGGCCAUCUCAACUUCCAGAUAGAGCACCAUCUUUUCCCCACAAUGCCUCGACACAAUUACCAUAAAGUGGCUCCCCUGGUGCAGUCCCUGUGUGCCAAGCAUGGCAUAGAGUACCAGUCCAAGCCCCUGCUCUCAGCCUUCGCCGACAUUAUCUACUCACUGAAGGAGUCUGGGCAGCUCUGGCUAGAUGCCUAUCUUCACCAGUAAAACAGCUGCUCCAUCUGGAAGAGAUGCCUGUCUUCAGUGAUAAUACCAGCC